AUGUCGCGACCAGACACGCUCUUCGACGUCGACGACUCUGCGGCGGGCAAUCUCUCAUUCCAGAACUUUGGCUCGACCACGAUCCAGCCAGACCUCCCGAGCGGGCGCAUCUCUCCCAACGCCUCCCCACAUGUGCGCGCAAACGAGCAGCUGUACAGCGCAGAGCAACGCAUCGGCGGGACGAUUGACGGCGCGACAAAGAGCGGCGGAGUGCUGAACCUCGACUUCUACUCUGGCUGGUUCGAUGUCGACACGAUGACGGUCCUGACGCGGUGCUACAAGACAUUGAUACCGACGGAAGACUACGUGAGCGAGGUGCUGGCGGGCGUGCCAGAUCUCUACGGCCCCUUCUGGGUACCUUCGACGCUCGUCUUCUCCCUCUUCCUGACCUCGUCGCUGUGGUCGUCGAUCAGCGCCUACCUGAACGACGUCGAGUACGCCUACGACUUUACCCGUCUCGGCGCAGCAACCUCUGUCGUCUACACCUACUGUCUCGGACUGCCCGUCGUUAUGUGGGCCGCGAUCAAGUAUUGGGCGGGCGCUUCCGAGAGAAGUCCUGUCGAGGUCAUCAGUCUGUACGGCUAUCAGUCGACAGUCUGGAUCCUCGUCGCCUGGCUCACCCUGAUCCCCAUCGCCCCCCUCCGCCUCUUCCUCGCCUUCCUCGGCACGCUCCUCUCCCUCUUCUUCCUAACGCGCAAUCUCUACCCCAUCCUCUCAAACGCGCCCAACGUCUCCGCCCGGCUACUCAUCGUCGUCGCAGCGGUCUUGCACCUCAUCUUUGCGGUCGCGCUUUGGUGGGGAUUCAUGGCGGGCGGCAGCGGGGCGUUCGAUGGGAAGAAGCUGAAGGAUGUUGCUGGGGAGAUUGGGACGGGUAUUGGAGGCGGGAUUGACGGUGAUGGGAUGCGGUGGAAGUGGUAA